GAUUUGAUUUAACUACUGGCAAAAAUAUUGAAAAAGCAUUAGGCAACUUAAGUGGUACAUCAACAUCUUAUUUGAAAUCCAAUCGUAAUCAAAAAAAUCAAAGCAGUAUCAAAACUAUACCUAGAAUCUCUAAUUGGUUUGAAUGGUCUUGGCCAAUAGAGGAACUUGUACAAUCUGAACCAACAGUAGGCGAACAUUUAGAAGUUUCUUCAAAAUGA